AAAAGAAAGCUCAAAUCUUUGAGAGGUUUUUUCAGAGGUUUUUCAAGCAACAACCCAGAAGAGACAGGAAAAAAUGCCAUGAAAAGUCGACACCAAAAGUGGCACGUUCUCAAUUCUUCUUCAUGCAACACUCUGCUAGGCAACUGUAAAUUGUAUCUAUUUGUUCGGAUAACCUUAUAAGGCAUGACAGACAGGCCAUCAAACCAAGAGACGUUACAAACACCACUACAAGGAAGUUUAGUGUCAAUUUUAGAUUUUUGUCGGAAGGAGGCAGACAUCAUGAAGUCGUUGAUUUUGCUAACCCUACUUGGAAGUCUUUUUGUUCAAAUACAAGGGCAAUGUAUUGGUCGUUAUCGAUGCCAGAAUGGUGGCAUUUGUGCAAAUAAAAGUAAAACKUGCACUUGCCCUCAAGAUUUUGCCGGAGCUCAGUGUGAACGUAAAAARCUAGGUUCUAAGAUCAACCCAGCUCCUAACGCACAGGCUAUCUUAGACRCCGGCGAGAGUGARGGCAGCGGUAUGUAUUGGAUCCAGCCUCCAGGAGAAUCGAUUGCCGCGCAGACGUAUUGCGAUAUGACWUACUCUGRUGGGGGAUGGAUGCUGGCCAGUUAUGGAUACGUUAGCUCUGUAGGUAGCUCACUUUUGAACAAAGCCAUUCCAAACAUGAACAACCCCAUGGGAUAUGCUUGGCGUCCCACCAGACGCGCGGGGAAAAAUGGUGUUAUCAAUCUAUUGCAUGGCGCUGUGAUGAUGGCACGAAAUGCCACCUACAUGAUGAUGGCAGCAGGUAACAACCCAAACAGCGGUGGAAUCGAUCACUUCUCUCACGUCUAUAGAAUAGAUCUACGACAAAACCCAUACAAGAUCACCUUUGCCAAUCACAAUCGUUAUCACGGUGCUGUGGGAGCCAAUGGGAUCCCUAAGAUGCACGUGACUGAUUUCCUGGUUGAAGGGUUGAAGGGAGACGUUGGAGAGUUUGUGCGAUACGGACUGGGAGAAUCAUUGGGUGUGACCUGGGGUGAUUCCUAUCCCACCGGAUAUGGAUUCAACGAUUUGGGUACUGAGCACUCAUCAUGGACAAAAGGUCCCUUUUUCCCCAGUGUCCACUCAGGAGAUGGGCACUCCGGAUGUUCUUCAGCUCCAUGCAAGACGUUCCAGCCCGAUGUCCAUAGGGGUUCAGAGACAUAUGUCCACCGUGGUUGGUACACGGCAUCUGGUACUGUCAAUAAMAUAGGACAGACCUCGAUUUGGUUCAAGUGAGGUGGUCAAACGCCUUCGACAAAUGAAUGUUUCAAAUAAGAGAAAAUUUUAUUGGUAAGGGUAAAGUGAUUUAAGGGCAGUUACAAUAACCUUUAGUUUAAAAGUGUAAAGUCGUUAAUUAAUAUUAGUCGUUAAAUUACAUCACGUCACGUCAAAUCACUUAAAGUCACAUCAAGUCACGUCACGUCAAGUUAAGUCACUACUAGUCAAAUCACAUCCACGUCAUGUCAAGUCACGUCAAGUCACUAAUAGUCAAAUCACAUCUACGUCAUGUCACAUCAAGUCAGGUCACAACUAGUCAAAUCACAUCCUCGUCAUGUCACGUCACGUCAGGUCACUACUAAUCGAAUCACAUCCACGUCAUGUGACGUCACGCCAGGUCAUUACUAGUCAAAUCACAUCCACGUCAUGUGACGUCACGUCAGGUCACUACUAGUCACAUCACAUUCAUGUCAAGUCACGUCACGUCAAAUCAAGUCACUUUACAUCAGGUCACGUAACAUAACAUCAUGUCACGUAAUAUAAUUACGUCACGUCGUCUCAAGUAAACUCAAGUCAAACAAAGCAAAGUAAACUCCGUGAUGUUAAUAUAAAACGCUUUAAACGAUGGAAUUGAUGGGCAAUAAAUAAAAUGCUUCAAAUUUGUUCCAGU